GAAAAAUCCAUACAGUUUGUUUGGAACCGUGCUUGUACGCUUUCCUUCAUCAACCGUCAUAUGUUCAACGUCUCCCAAGAUGUUUUGGCUAAAGACAUUUAUCUGUACUAUCAUACUGAUCUCCACAUUCAAAGAUUCACUUGCUAAGUGUCACGUGAAGGCACCGCACGGAUGGAUUCAGGAUGAAUGCGAACAGGCAGAAGAACCAGAUUCUGGAUAUUUGGAUAUAACAUGCCACAACACUACCAUAGACGACUAUCUGUUUGAAAUGUUUGAACUAGACAUUUGCCGCAAAUAUUUAACUAAUUUGCGCGAGCUGAGGAUUACAAACUCAAAAUUUCCUAACAUUUACCAUUUAUUGAGUCCUACAGUAAGCCAUGAACAACCGUUGGUUAACGUUUCAAGUUUAUCGCUCAAUUUUUGCGGCAUUAACCACGUAGCUGGUGGCGCGUUUAAUGAUAUGAAAGGAUUAAAGCAUCUCGAUCUGGGUUCCAAUAAUAUAAAUAAAAUCAAUUUUGUAUCGAAUUUACCCGAAACCUUAAAAGACUUGAACUUAACCAACAAUAAAAUUACCAAUGUAGACUUUAAAUUGUUUUGCUCACCUCUUAAGAUUUUAGACUUGUCAUUUAACCAAAUUGCUGUUUUCGAGCUUCCCAAGAAAACGGGAUUCUGGUCAUUCCCAGUCAAAGAUUAUUUAUAUUUAAACAAUAAUUGCAUCAAAAAAAUCGAAAUACAUCAGGCCGGUUUUUAUCAGGGGUUGAGUAACCUGAACCUUAACUUAGCAAAUAACAAUUUGACCAGUACUGUUGCCAAUAGUACUGACACCGAAGAGCGCUCUGAAGUACAUUUUCACCUACUUAAUUUAUCUCAGUCUCUAACCGAUUGGGACAUUCUGAUGUAUCCAAAAUAUCGUAUAUCCAGCACACAUUUGAUUGUUUCGGGAAACUCCUUAGUAACACUCGAUAAAAAACUUUCUACACAUUCUAAAAUCUAUGGCACCACUUACAUAGAUUUUUCAAAAUGCUCGUUGACCAAUAUUAAUCCGAAAACCUUCCAAGGGGCGAAUUUCAUGUAUUUAAAUUUCAGUUAUAAUAACUUUACCAUCCUCAAUGAUUAUCUCUUUACAUUAAGCAACAUCGAACUUUUAGAUUUAUCUCACAAUCGCAUUGAAAAUAUUGUUCAUGUGUUUCAUGGCGCAGCAAUUCGUCACCUUAAAUUAUCUUACAAUAAAAUCAUGCAACUGAAUGAUAAAAGUUUUGAAAGUAUGCGGUUUGUGUACGAGUUAGAUUUGUCAUUUAAUAAUAUUAGCUUAAAUAAAAAUAGUUUUGCCAAUGUUGGCAACAGUUUGUCCAAUUUAAGCUUGGCCUCAAAUUAUCUAACACAAAUUGACGAUGAGGCAUUCUAUAAUUUGAGUAAGUUGCUAAUAUUAAACCUGGAAAAUAAUUUAUUAGAAACUAUUGAGUCUGUGGUUUUUCAGCCGUUAAAAUCAGUUCGCGAAAUAAACCUUGCCAAUAACAAAUUGACCACAAUAACUAGCCAAUUAUUUAGCAAUUUACCCUUGACUAAGGUGACAAUUUCUAGAAAUUGUUUAGAAACAAUUCAAAGUAAAUCAUUUCAUAGAUUGAAUUAUAUCGAGGAGAUACAUAUUGAUGAAAACCAUGGUAUGCUGACUAUAGAAAGAGCUGCCUUUUCUGAGCUUUCCAGUUCAAACCCAUUAAAUAUAUAUUUAAAGCAUUCCAAAGUGGCUGAAAUUACUUCCGAUAUGUUCUACAAUAUAACAAUUUUCAAUUUAUUGGAUUUAACCCAGAGUAAUGUAACUUCAAUAGGCUUAUCUAGCAAUGUUGAGCACCUUAUGCUGACUAAACUGAUAGUAACUUUCAACGGGGUUCUUCAUCAAAAAUCGUUCUUAGCAACACCAUUUUUGCAACAAUUGGUGUUUUGCAACUCAAGCAUUAAUAACAUCGAAGAAAGAGCAUUUCAAGGGUUAUUUAACUUGACAGUUGUGGAAUUCCAAAAUUCCACCAUUCAAAAUUUGUCGAUUGGCGCUUUAAGAGGCUUAUUCAGUCUGCAAACACUUGAGGGUUUUAAAAUGUUUCAAAAUCAAAUAGCUUUGAAUAGUUCCAUAUUUCAAGAUUUGUAUAGCUUAAGUUAUCUUAAUUUGUCACAUCUUAAGCUGCAAAAUCUGAAACCACACACUUUCCACGGAUUAAAGCAAAUACAGGUACUAAAUUUGAGUCAUAAUGAACUAAGUUAUUUUUGGCAGUCAACGUUUUCUGAACUAUGUUUCCUACGAGUUCUAGAUCUAAGUUAUAAUAAAAUUAAUGUUCUAGAACGGGAAGACUUUCACGGUCUAGAUAGCUUGAAAAUGUUAAAUUUAAAUGAUAACAACAUACGCGAUAUUGCGUUGGGAUCUUUUCAAAACAUUCCCCAACUGCAGAGCCUUCUCAUCGCUAACAACAAUCUAACCCAAAUCAAAAUUGGCACGUUUUCAAACUUGGCAUCUCUCAAAGAGUUAGAUAUUCAAAACAAUUGUAUCUCAGAAUUACUUUUCGAGUCAUUUCUACCUUUAGUAGCACUGGAAAGUUUAAAUUUGGAAUUUAACAAUCUAAAAAAAAUAACCUUAUACCCACUGGUCUCAAAUUUGCAGUUCUUGAAGCGUGUAAGAAUAGCUAAUAAUAAGUGGAAAUGUGAAUUUUUAGCAGAACUAAUCGCCACAUUUAGGAAACGUGGCAUAGAUUAUACCACUGAAAACCGUAACUUCUACGAGGAUAACAUUGAUGGAAUUCGCUGUAUAGACGUUUGUAAAUUUUUGUUAUGUUUACAAGAUUCGCAUGGGAUCAAUUAGGAGUAGUUAGAAUUGUAUAAAGACAGGAGAUUUACUAGUGAGAAAACUGGUCAGCCCUAAUUCAAAAUUUAAGCAGUUAGUUAUUAAAAGAAUUCAAAAAAUUGCGAAACAGUUUUUUACAAAUCCAGCUUGUUUUGAUGUAAUUUCGAUGUAUCAUCAAUAGCGUUCAUUAUUGUGCUUUUAAUAUAAUGCAUGUAGUUUUUCCCGAAUAAAAAUGUUUCGUAAUA